AUGCUUCCCAGGGUGGGGAAACGGUUUCUGGUCCAGAUGCAGCACAUCUUGAAGCCGCUCUUCCAGGGCCGGAACCAGCUGCUCACAAACACCCUGAGUGGAGGAAUAUUAAUGGGUCUAGGAGAUAUUUUACAGCAGAGCUGGAAAAAUUUCCAGAAUCCAGACAGAGUCCGGGACUGGAGGAUGACAGGUCGCAUGUUUACGGUGGGCUGCUCCUUCGGGCCUUUGCUGACAUACUGGUACAUCUGGCUGGAUGGAGUGUUUGUGGGCAAAGCUCUGAAAACGGUGGGAAAGAAGGUUCUGGUGGACCAGGUGGUCGCUUCGCCGUUUAUGGGGUUGUGGUAUUUUGUAGGUAUGGGUCUCCUGGAGGGACACACUUUAUCCGAAGGAUGGAAGGAGUUUACAAACAAGUUCUGGGACCUUUAUAAGGCAGACUGUUGUGUUUGGCCUCCUGCUCAGAUGAUCAACUUUUACUUCCUCCCGCCUAAAUUCCGUGUUGUGUACAUCAACGUUAUCACCGUAGGGUGGGACACCUACCUUUCCUUCCUCAAACACAGAGACGGAUAAUCUAAGUGACUUUGUGAGGAAACAAUAGAGACCCUGGAGCAUGAGAAG